CCCGAGCUCGCAAGCUGCGGCCUCGUUUUUGUGUAUCGUGCGGUCGAGAACCGGUUGGUAUCAUUCAGCCCCUUGAAUGAUGUUGCUUCACAGACGAUGCCUGCCAGUGCAUGAAACCGCUCGGAAACUCUUAGUUCCUGCUUGAAGUUCCAGCAGGAGCCAAGGAUCUGGCGACUCUCUUCAUUUGAUUGUCAUAUCCCCGUGUGCUGAAACUCCGUGCGCUGAUAACAUCGACAUCUGAACAUGAGCGGGCAUAUUUUGGAAGCCUUCAAACUCUCAUUAGACUCUAUUAUGCUAUCUGCAAGGUACUUCUCGCUACCUUUCUGGGACGGCGUGACUUUUUCUUUUCUUCAACACUAUAUCUGACACUCCCUGUGGUAAACUGGCGCGGCGUUCGGGACCGCGGGUGCUUAUGUACGUAUGUGCUCUGCUAACUGGCGCAACGGCGCUCACUUUCACCUGGUCAAAUCACUUGUGGUAUCUCGCCCACGGCACAAAUAUGCAGCGAUAUGGCACUCGGCUUAUUUCCUCGGGGCAUGUCUCAAGAUGAUCAACGAUGAUUGGUCGCCCCAUGCUCCGCUCAUGAUUCUCUCCGUCUUUGAUCGAAUCACGAUUCUUGCUGUCGCAAACUCAAGAAUCCUAUCAUAUCGCUAGCGUUCGGCGCCUCUUCUGUGGUGGGCAGCUCGAUUGGACAAAUUCUCCGUGGCCUCGCAUAUCUUUCUCUGAAGUGGCUCCAAUCGAACGCAGACAAAUGGAAGUCCAAGAUCAAUGGGCCCACGCGCCUCCCGCCACACCGACAAGAAAAACCGUUGGAAACGGACGCCGGAAUCUCGGAGAACCGGGCUUUGUGUUUUAACUCUCCCGCGAUUGUCCUUGUCAGAGAACCGGCGUUCAAAGUGACUGGCGAGUAGCUGCUUGUAGCCCCGCCGGCGAUGCUUCAGACGAUUUGGGUGCACCCAUAUGAGCAUUCAGCUCUCCGUCUCGCAACACAGGUUGCAAACUCAUCGUCCGCCCGUGACUCACUGGCACUUGCCAUGUCAACUAAUGUUGGGUUCCUGAUCAAUGCUUAGGCACAGGAGACCUUGCAUCACGUUACCAAAUCGGGCAACGCGUCACGACGCGUCUCUCAUCUCAUCUAAUUCAAUUGAUACCGUCUUGAGUCAAACGAUCACGCCCGAUAUAAAGGCACUGCACCAGGCCCCACGCUCAUUUCCUUUCUUUGCUCGCCAUGGGUAAUGUCCCAGCGCAGCCCAGUCAUCCGCUGGUCACCCGUAAGCGCUCGACGGCAGGAUUCUCGCGCGUCAUCCUGCCAUGCACAUCAACGAACUUUGUCGACGUCGCCGAGAACGACUCGAAGGAAACCGUCUCCCUCAUGAACGAAAAGCCGUGCUGCAUCUCCGCCGAAAGCAGUCCCCGCCGCCCCACCCACCGCCCCAUCGUCCCCGAUCCCUCCAGCUCUCGCCUGCUGCCCCCACCCCCAUUUUCUCUCUAUGCUCCAGGCCAGGACGCGCCCAUCGAUGCAGCUGCCACCGCAUAUACUCUGUUUCUCGAUCGGUUUCCCGAAUAUCGGCUUACUUGGAUUGUCGACGCACUUCGCCGCAGCGAUUACUCGCGGCUAGAGACGACGGGGGAGACAUACGUCGAUUACAUGGGCGGGGCGAUAUAUCCCGAGAGUCUGAUCCGGGUUCACACUGACUUCCUGCAUCGCAGCGUGCUAGGAAACACCCACUCUGUCAGCAACAGCUCAAGCCUGUCAUUGCGCUCGGCAGAUGAAGCGAGAGCAGCCGUGCUGGGCUUUUUCCGCGCCUCUCCCGUCGAUUAUACCGUGGUCUUCACCGCCAAUGCCACCGGGGCCUUGAAACUGGUUGGGGAAUCGUAUCCGUUUACGGGGGGUAGUUCCUACGUCUUGAGCGCCGACUCGCACAACAGCGUCCAUGGCAUCAGGCAAUAUGCGACAUAUCGCGGGGCAAAGACAGUUUACAUACCCACGACACCGACUGGAGGCUUCGAUGUCUCGGUAGCAAAGAAUGUGCUCCUCCGCUCCCGUCCACGUGCCAAGGCCACAGCCCCGAGUCUCUUCGCACUCACCGGCCAAUCAAAUAUCACGAACACUAAAAACCCGCUGUCCAUCAUCGAAUAUGCAGCUUCGCAGGGCUAUCACACCGUUUUGGACGCGGCCGCGCUGGCCGCUUCUUCGACGAUAUCGUUGGCCGAUUGCCCUGUUGAUGCCAUGGCAGUUUCGUUCUACAAGAUGUUCGGUUUUCCGACCGGGGUCGGGGCGUUAGUUGUCAAAAGGUCGUUUCUAGCGCAGUUGCAGCGUCCGUGGUUUGCGGGGGGGACGGUCAACGUUGUGCAGGUCCCUGGCAACAUUGUGACGCGAUCCAUGCAGCUCCACGAGCAGUUCGAGGAUGGCACCAUCAACUUUUUGACACUUCCCGCCGUUACCGAUGGACUGAGGUUUCUGUCCGCAUAUCUGCCUUUCCUGCCUCUUCGACUGUCGUGUCUUUUGAAGUAUCUCGUGAUAUCACUGGGGAAACUACGGCACGAGACAGGGCUUCCUGUUGUUCGGAUCCUUUCCGCGAUUCCGUCACAACGUCUGAAGAACGUCGGCGAGCAAUCGGAUACGGGAUCCAUCAUUUCCCUCAUCUUUCUCGAUCCCAACGGAGAGAUGAUGUCCAAUUCGUUCGUGGAGUUCGCGGCCGCCAAGCUCAACAUCUCUCUGCGCACUGGGUGUAUGUGCAACUCUGGGGGUGCAGCUGCGCUGCUGGGGUUUCAGCCAACGAUGGAGCUGAUGUACGAAGGAAUAACCGUGCAGGGCCUGGAGCAACUGGCAGGCAUGGAGCUUGGUGUUGUUCGGAUCAGUCUCGGCUUGGCGAGUAACUUCCAAGAUGUCUGGACGGUGCUGCGAUUCGCCCAGCUUCUUGCGGCCGAGAGAACGAGGUCGAUAUUAUGGGAUCAUUAUACGGAUGCCACAGGCGUCGUCAUCGGGGAGGCGAUAUAGCCACAGCCGCUGGGUCUCGGAAAGGGAAACGGAAAGGGAAACUGGAGGAUUAAAUCUGACUGUUCAGUUAUCUCACGGGGGACCUUCUAUCUCGCAUCAUGUAUCAUCUUAUAUGUUGUAUCUUUACAUUGUUGUCGGCACCGCAGAAUAUGCCACCACUACCCCAUCAGACCCAGUGGUUCUUUUCCUGCUGGUCCGUCUGUUGAAUGAUGCAUGAUGGCCGCUGCCUUCCAAGUGAAUGUCGCUUCCUCCCGGCAAAGAUAAGGAAUAUGUAUAUUUAUAAACGAGGUCCCCUCAUCCUUUCCGUCUAUGUUUAGAUCACAUCCGCUUGCAAGCGAAUAAAUAAGUAUAAAAGAUAUAUUGUUAACGAGUGAGGUUAGGGUUAGCGCGAUUCAAAGUCCAAAAAAAAAAGGCCCGCCUAGCCGAGUGGCUGUGGCGGAACAGGAAAAUAUUGAGACGGUGCAUGAGCCGAAGUACAUACAAACCGCAGGCCCACUCUGAAUGGACAGGGUCGCCGUGCUAUGGAGUGUUCCCACGGCCCAAAAGCCCAGGUCCGUGAAGGAGCUUAUGC